UCAUCCAUCAGUCCCUCGCUUCACGUUCGACAAGACUUCAUACACUCCAUCAUCGACAUCUUCAAACACUCACACACCAUAUCGCAUCACCAUGGCUCUAAGUAACGGAGCCAUCAUCGUCAUCGUCAUAGUCUGCUGCGGCGCCUUCGUCUGCUGUCUAGGAGCAGUAGGCUGGGUAUACCGCCGACAAGACUAUGACCAGCGCGGCGUAAACUAUGGCUGGCGACCAACCAACAACCAAAACGACUACAUGCGAGAGAUCAGGAGCAAGAAUCAAGAGGGCAUGUUCCAUGCUGCCAGAUAUCACGAGAGAGCUUUGAGCUCGCAGCCUUCGCGAUCGGACUUCACGAGAGUGAGGCUAUUAGCCCUGCUUGAUUUUGCUUGCUUGUGUUCUCCUUUUCUACAUCUCUACCUCAUCUUCUCACCUACGAUCACAUCUCUACUCCUCUGGCUCAAACCUUGACCCUACCACUUCCGUCCACUGGCCAUGAUCAUGGUCUCACGCUGUGAGCGACCCACGCGGAUCAAAAUACUCCGCCUACU